AUGAGUCUGAGAAACAGCUCCUCAGUGACUGAGUUUAUCCUAGUGGGAUUAUCAGAACAACCAGAGCUCCAGCUUCCCCUCUUCGUCCUGUUCUUAGGGAUCUAUGUGUUUACUGUGGUGGGCAACUUGGGCUUGAUUACCUUAAUUGGGCUAAAUUCUAGCCUUCACACUCCCAUGUACUUUUUUCUCUUCAACUUGUCUUUUAUAGAUCUCUGUUAUUCCUGUGUAUUUACCCCCAAAAUGCUGAAUGAUUUUCUGUCAGAAAAUGUCAUCUCUUACGUGGGAUGCAUGACUCAACUUUUUUUCUUCUGUUUCUUUGUCAAUUCUGAGUGCUAUGUGUUGGUAUCAAUGGCCUAUGAUCGCUAUGUGGCUAUCUGCAAGCCUCUGCUGUACACGGUCACCAUGUCCCCUCAGGUCUGUUCUCUGCUCAUGUUUGGUUCAUAUGUGAUAGGGUUCGCUGGAGCCAUGGCCCACACUGGGAGCAUAUGGAGACUGACUUUCUGUGAUUCCAACAUCAUCCACCAUUAUCUGUGUGAAGUUCUUCCUCUCCUGCAGCUCUCCUGCACCAGCACCCAUGUCAAUGAGCUAGUGUUUUUUAUUGUUGUGGGAGUGGUCAUCACAAUAUCCAGUAUUAGCAUCUUCAUUUCUUAUGCCUUGAUUCUCUCUAAUAUCCUCCAUAUUCCUUCUGCUGAGGGUAGAUCCAAAGCCAUCAGCACAUGUGGCUCCCACAUAAUUGCUGUUGCUUUGUUUUUUGGGUCAGGGGCAUUCACCUAUUUAACAAGCUCUUUUCCUGCAUCUAUGGACCAGAGUAAAUUUGCCUCAGUCUUUUACACCAAUGUGGUUCCCAUGCUUAAUCCUUUGAUCUACAGUUUGAGGAAUAAGGAUGUGAAACUUGCGCUGGGUAAAACCCUGAGAACAGUGCUCUCCUGA